AUGCCCAAGAAGUUGGCACAGUUCUUUGCGAAGAAGAAGGAGGAGGCUAAAUUCAAACUUGCUGGUCCAGGAAGGAAAUUGAAUGCUGAAAGCCAACCAACGACGUCGCAGAAGAAGAGCAAGGAUGCCUACGUGAAACCAGUAAGGAAGGAAGCAGGGCAGGAGGCGAGGAAUGCAGCUGCAGCUGCUAUGGCGCGAUGCACGCAGAAGGACACGAAGGAAUUCAACACGUCCUUGGCGGCUAUUCAGGCACAGGUGCGACGGGAGCUCGAAGCUGAGCGCCGUGCAAAGGAGGAAACUGCAAAAGUGCCACAACCGGAGGUGCAGGACGACAGGAGGAACCUCGCUGUUCAGGGAGUGUACUUCCGGUGCCCCCUCGUGAGUGAUGAGGUCCUGUCGAAAGUUGAGUGGAGGAGCAAAAUCAAGGAAUUCCUAUACGAUCAGCUGAACCAGGAAGACGGCGAACUCUCCGCUUGUCUCAUCAUCCAGAAUUGCAACACAAAAGAGAAAGCCGAUGCAUGCGUGGAGACGCUGACAAAGUAUCUGGAGAACAUUAUAAAUCAUCCGGAUGAGGAGAAGUAUCGCAAAAUCCGCAUGUCCAACAGGAUUUUCUCCGAGAAAGUUCGCAACGUCGAAGGAUCCAUGGAGUUCCUCUUUGCUGCUGGCUUCGAGGAGCAAAUAAUCGACGGGGAGGCUUUCCUGGUGUACUUCUCCAAGGGGGAGAACUUCACGGAACAACUUCAGGUACUCCUGGACGCCCUGAUGUGUGCGGAGAAGAUUAAUUUGGAGAUAGAUCGGAACAUUCAGGUACUUUUGCCGUCGCAGGCGAAGAAGAACGAACUCCCGCCUGAUUUCUUCCGCAUGAGCAUUGAAGAGCUCAAGCGGGAGCAACAGCUGAAGAGUGAAGCCCUGGAGAGUUCCCUCGUUCUCAAGACCAAAGCCAUGCGCGAACGUGAAGAACUUAGAAUUGUCAAUCGCUACAGGUACACCCUCAUUCGCGUCCGUUUCCCCGAUGGGGUCUACCUCCAGGGCACUUUCAAUGUCUACGAAAAAUUCCUCCAAGUCCACGAAUUCGUGCAGUCGUGCAUGAAGCACGAGAGCGUGGAAUUUCAUCUGGUUGGGCCGACUGGGCAUAAAUUCGAAGAGGAAGAUUUCGAGAAGUCCCUCUAUGAUUUGCGUCUCGUCCCAAAUAUUCUUCUAAUCUUCUCAUACGAUGAUCCCGACACUGCACCACCUGGCAAUUACAUCAAAGAGGAACUUCUCAUGCUAAUUCAGCCACUUUGAGCAUCCCUCCCUUCUCUCACAUAAAAAGGCAAAAAAAUAAUAAUUUUAUCUAUUUUAAUCACAAAUAAAAUUAAUAAUUAUAUAUAUUUAUCUCUAUCUGUGAGCUGUGUAUAAAUUUAUUUAGUUGAAAAGAAAUAAAAGUCUUUAAUGUA